CUGGUGUCCUUCGACGGCUUCCGCUGGGACUACGACCAGGACGUGGACACCCCCAACCUGGACGCCAUGGCGCGGGACGGUGUGAAGGCGCGCUACAUGACCCCCCCCUUCGUCACCAUGACCAGCCCCUGCCACUUCACCCUGGUCACCGGCAAGUACAUCGAGAACCACGGGGUGGUGCACAACAUGUUCUACAACACCAGCAGCAAGCUCAAGCUGCCCUACCACGCCACGCUGGGCGUCCAGCGCUGGUGGGACAACGGCAGCGUGCCCAUCUGGAUCACCGCCCAGAGGCAGGGCCUGAAGGCCGGCUCCUUCUUCUUCCCCGGCGGCAACGUCACCUACCAAGGCACGGCCGUGACGCUGAGCCGCAAGGAGGGCAUCCUGCACAACUACAAGGACGAGGCCGAGUGGAGGGCCAACGUGGACACGGUGAUGCGCUGGUUCACGCAGGACGGCCUGGACCUGGUCACGCUCUACUUCGGGGAGCCCGACUCCACGGGCCACAAGUUCGGGCCCGAGUCCCCGCAGAGGAAGGCCAUGGUGCAGCAGGUGGACAGGACGGUGGGCUACCUGCGGGACAGCAUCCGGCGCAGCGGCCUGGAGCGCAGCCUCAACCUCAUCGUCACGUCCGACCACGGCAUGACCACGGUGCACAAGAAGGCCGGCGACCUGGUGGAGUUCCACAAGUUCCCCAACUUCACCUUCCAGGACAUCGAGUUCGAGCUCCUGGACUACGGGCCCAACGGGAUGCUGCUCCCCAAGGAGGGGCGGCUGGAGAAGGUGUACGAGGCGAUCAAGGACGCGCACCCCAAACUCCACGUCUACAAGAAGGAGGACUUCCCCAAGUCCUUCCACUACGCCAACCACCCCCGGAUCACGCCCCUGCUCAUGUACAGUGACCCUGGCUACGUCAUCCACGAGAGGGUGAACGUGCAGUUCAACAACGGGGAGCACGGCUUCGACAACGGGGUCCUGGACAUGAAGACCAUCUUCCGGGCGGUGGGCCCCAGCUUCCGGCGGGGCCUGGAGGUGGAGCCCUUCGAGAGCGUCCACGUGUACGAGCUGCUGUGCAAGCUGCUGCGCAUCGUGCCCGAGGCC